CGGGCAGCGUUUGUUUGGUGGCUCCUCGCAGUGGCUCCGGCAAGACUCGGUGGCGAGCACGAGUUCUUCGGGCCGAAGACUGUUCCAGCGGGCCGCCGACAGAGGCGCCAGUCUGCGCGUGCGUGGACAAGUGCCGCGUCGUUCUCACGCGAAUACCUGAGCUGGACGCCCUGGCGAAGAACACGCCCUCGGUGCGGCUGCCCCCUGAGGCCACGGAGGCAGACCUCGGCAAGGCCCUCAACCACACCAGGUCGAAGAGAAAUUUAAUUCAGGAGACCGUAAUUUAUUUCAGGAAUUUGUUUAAAUAAUGUCGCUUUUCUUUUUAUUCAGGAUUGAGCCUUCUGUGGAGGAAGACCCGCAGUAUGUCUUGACAGAACCAAAGCUCUGCAAGGCGGAAUUAAUUAUUUAAUUUUAUGAAUUUCUCAAACAAAAGACAAAAAUAAUACGUAAUAACCUAGGAAAUUACGUGUUAAUUAUUUUAUUUGUCUUUCAAUGCGUUCAAACAUGCAUAAUCAUCAUAAGAGCUGUCUUCACCGUUUCGAGCAAGUUUUUCUCUGGCUCCGAAUGUCGGUAAAGUCAGGAAUUAAUUAAAAUUUUGAAUUUUUGGCUGCAGAUCGAUCUCGCUGCUCUUGGCCUGCCUGCUCCUCCUGAAGACUUGCCAGACAUUGACGUUCUGACGCCGUGUUCGCCGAUGUUCUCGUUCGGACUCACUUCUUUUCCCACUCUCCCAAAACCAACUCCUCACGUCGACCUCUUUGACAAGUGACUAGAAAAUGACGUCACAAAGUUACGCCCCCCAAAACAGCGCAUAUGGCGGCCAUAAGCCUGUUUUAAAGUGACCGACGCGACACCAACGGUUGGGUUGGGAAGCUCUUAGCGGGAACAAGUUCGGCCCAUAAGAGCGGUAGCCCCCUGGCCGGUCGUCGACGUCAACAGGUUCGGCUACGGACUCUGACGGACGGAUGGAGGCGCUGCCCGAGGAUCAGGAUGCGCCGCUGCCCGACCAGCUGGAGGAGUACCUGCGCGCCGUGGCCCGCACAGGCGACUCGCUGUUGCCGAGGACCAGCAAGAAGCCGCUCUUCCAGCGCAAACUGGCACUCGUGCUGGACGCCUUCAUUCUCAACCCAGAUUCCCAGUCGCCGGACGCGUUCGACGCCACUGCCACUGGAAUGCGAACGCGACUGCUGCAGCGACUCGACUCGUCUUUCGACACGUGUCCGUUCAUCCUCCAGCGCCUGUCCGAGCUGCUGACGACGCCGAGGCAGCAGUACAACCGCAUCGAUAAGUUCUGGUUGUCAGCGGCAACGAUCCUCCGCAGGUCACAGCCAACGGUCUGUCCGAGGACAACGGCCUCGAGGCCCCCGAGCCCAAGAAGCCGCGCAUUGAGGAAGCCGAGGAGAAGCUGGACACGGAGACUGCCGUCAAGGAGCAAAAUGGCGACCACGUCGAAGACAAGAAAGGCUGACGAGAAAGAACCUGCCAAAGAACCUGUAGAGGAUGGUGAGAUGAACGAGGAAGCCUCCGAGCCAGAGGCUGAACCUGUGGAACCUCAGGUUGAAGCCGAGACUGCCGAACCUCCGAAGGAAACUGCGGAAGAACCGGAAAUCGCAAAGGAGUCUGAAAUACACCGCCAGCUGAAGCUGUGGAGGAAGCUGAGAAGCAAAAAGAGCCUGAGGCUGUGUCUGAAGACCAAAAGAGAUGCCUUUGUUGGAAAAAGAGGCGCCGUUGGCCUCUCCCGAGAAGGAUUUGAGUGA